AUGGAUACGACCCCACACCCCCGCUCACAGCUCGAGAAGAUCUGGAAACGGAGGGUCUCCCUAGGUUCAGCGUUGUUCCUUGUCAAUCGGUAUGGAACGCCGCUGCAGUAUGUGGCAAUUAUUAACGUGGUGAUGAUACUCCGCGUCUACGCCCUCUACGCCCGGAGUAAACGCGUUCUGGUAUUCCUGAUGACGCUGUGGACAGCACAGAUUGUGCUAUCCGCCAUUGGUCUGAGUACGGGAUUCGCCAUCCCAUUACCGCCGGGCUUGGUAGGCUGCAUCUACACCGGAACACACCAUCUUUUUCCCUGUCUCUGGGUUACACCACUCGUAACAGACUCGGUUAUCUUUUUCAUGACGAUCUGGAGAGGAAGGAGGUAUCUGACGAGUUUUUCUGGAUCACCGACGAAUCAUGUCUUCGUACGAGACGGCGCCAUUUACUUCCUUGUCAUCUUCCUUUCCAACUUGGCCAACACAUUAAUCUUCUUCGUGACGACAAGAGGAGACCUCAAACCCAUCGCCGCCUCCUUCAACCAACUCCUAACAUCAACAAUGAUCUCCCGCCUAGUCCUCAACCUCCGCUCAGCAGGUAUCCACGAAGACAACCAGCCCCCGGGGUUCACCAUCCCCCCAAUCUCGCACGACCUCCGCUUCGCAGGUCGUACAACGGCAGCACAAGGUUUAACCGCCAUCUCCACUGUGACUGAGGUGACAGAGACGACGGAAGGACAGAAAUCGGAAGAUAUCAUGUUGUCGGAUUUCUCUCAGGCUCCGGCGAUGGAUUUCAAGCGCAGUUUUCCUGACCCCGGAGAGGAUGUAGAGUUUGAUCGGACGAGGUUGGUGGGGAGACCUCGGGCUGUGUAA